GUAACGUUUGUAUUUAUUGAUCACAACACGGAACACAAACUCUUGUGUUCAUAAAAACGUUCAUUUAUUUUUACCGAAAAAAACACCGACAAACUUCCCCGCGAGACCCUCUACGGAACCACUGACGUCAUCGCGCUGCGUCACAGGAAGAAAACAAACCGCCGAAAACACCGAUCAGUUUGUGUUAUCGAUCACUGAUCGGUUUUACAAUAACGGGUUAAAUAUCUGCGCGUAACGUCAGCUCAGACCGAAUGGAUUCAACCGGAAACACGAAACCGAAGAAACAAACAAAAACAACAACAACAACAACAACAAAAACAAGGAGAACAGCUGCUGCACCGCGGGAAUAAACUGGGUUUACUGGUUUCUAUUGUUUCUAUCGAACAGGAACUGGUUCUCCUGGACUCCACUGGUUCUGUUGAGCUGGUCUCUACUGGACUGUGCUGGUUCUAACUGGGUGGUGUUGACCUCUGACCUCAAACAUGAGCUCCAGGACCUGCAGGACCUGUGGGGGGUCGGACAUCGAUGUGGAUCAGGCCCGGGGCAGCGCCGUGUGCACCAGCUGCGGGUCGGUCCUGGAAGACAACAUCAUCGUCUCGGAGGUCCAGUUUGUGGAGGGGAGCGGAGGAGUGUCUUCUGCAGUGGGACAGUUUGUCUCCGCUGACGGUCCAGUCAAAGCUCCUCUUCUUGGUUCUGGUUUUCACACCAGUGUUGGAAAAGAGUCCAGAGCUCAGACCCUGCAGGGCGGUAAGCGGCAGAUCCAGCAGCUGGGCAGUCAGCUGCAGUUGGACCAGCACUGUUUGGACACGGCCUUCAACUUCUUCAAGAUGGUCGUCAGUAAACACCUGACGCGAGGACGUAAGACGGAGCACGUCAUCGCCGCCUGCCUCUACCUGGUGUGUCGCACCGAGGGGACACCACACAUGUUGCUGGACCUGAGUGACCUGCUGCAGGUGAACGUUUACAUCCUGGGAAAAACAUUCCUGCUGUUGGCUCGAGAGCUCUGCAUCAACGCUCCCGCCAUCGACCCGUGCCUGUACAUCCCUCGGUUCGCUCACAUGUUGGAGUUCGGGGUGAAAACUCAUGAGGUUUCCAUGACGGCUCUUCGUCUGGUCCAGAGGAUGAAGAGGGACUGGAUGCACACGGGACGCCGUCCAUCUGGACUCUGUGGAGCAGGUACAACACGACCACCGUUACCACGGCAACAACAAACAUCAACAGCCAAACAUUUACUCUCCUCCUCUUCUUCCUCCUCCUCAGCUCUCCUGGUCGCAGCUCGGAUGCACAAGUUUCGUCGUACGGUGAAGGAUGUGAUCAGUGUGGUGAAGGUCUGCCAGACCACCCUGAGGAAGAGACUGACAGAGUUCGAGGACACGCCCACCAGUCAGCUGACCAUCGAUGAGUUCAUGAGGGUGGAUCUGGAGCAGGAAUGUGAUCCGCCGUCGUUCACCGCCUCGCAGCACAAAGCCAAGAUGCAGCAGCUAGAACACGAGCUGGCCAGGAAGCUGGACGAGGUCGAAGGAGAGAUCAGCUGCUACAAAGACGAGAUUGAGACAGAGCUGGAGAAAAGCCGACCAAAACUCAGAGGAAUCUACGCCGCCUACGCCAAAGAGAUUGGUCUGUCCUCCUCACUGUCCUCCUCCUCAGGAGUCCUGGUCCUGAUUCUGGUCCUGGUCUUGAGUCCGCGGAGUCUCGAACAUCAAUGCCCUCUGUGUUUUUUGGUUUCAGACCCCGAGGAUGUCGAGAUUUUGUCGUCCACCUCUGAGCCUGAGCCUCCGGAGGUCGACGACGCCGAGCUUCAAGCUGCCGCCCAGCACCUGACUCAGGACUUCCUGUGUCAGGUGAUCCAGGAGGAGGAGGGGCGGGGCAAGAAGACAGAAGACAGUGAGCAGGAGGCGGGGCCAGACACGGAGGGUGCGGGCCAUCAACGCCAGGCUGCACCUCUUGCUGCCAUCCUGGGAAAACUGCCGAGCGCCGCCAGCCUCGGCCUCCAGCAGACCUUCCAGACCUUUAAUGAGUCCGAGAGCGGCGAGAAACCAGACGACAAGCAGCCGGAGAGUGGCGAGCUGGACCUGAACGGCAUCGACGACCAGGAGAUCGAGAAGUACAUCCUGAACGAUCGGGAGGUUCAGGUGAAGACGGAUCUGUGGAUGAAACAGAACGCCGAGUACCUGAAGGAGCAGAAAGAGAAAGAGGAGAGGAUACAGAAGGAGAAGGAACAGGGGACGUAUAAAGAGAAGCCGAAGAAGUCGAAGAAGAAGAAGGAGCAGAUCGAGGCGUCGACGGCGGGCGAGGCCAUCGAGCGGAUGCUGGAGAAGAAGAAGAUCUCCAGUAAGAUCAACUACGACGUCCUCCGAGACCUCAACAGCCGGGGGACAGGAAGUGGGGGGGGCAGCAGUCCCAGCAGAGCUUCCUCCAACACCGCCGUCCCCGCCACACGCAAACGACUCACCCGGCGACGCCGCAGGAAGGCCAGCGACACCAACCAAGACCUCGCCACUAACGCUAACAUCAUGGGGAAGAGGGUCCGCCUCCUCCUGUCGUCCACAUCAAAGAAGAAGAAAACCGUCCAGGUGAGCGACCACGCCGACGCCCACCUGAUGCCUCCCGCUGUAGAAAACCCCGUCACCAUGACAACAGAAGUAACACCAGCGGCUGCACCUGAAGCACCACCAAAACCUGAACCAGCCACAAGCUCCGCCCCUGCUGCCCCCGCGGUGGCGGUGGAGGAGGAGGAGGAGGAGGGCGAGGAGGAGGAGGAGGAGGAGGUGGAGGAGGAGUGUGUCAGCGCUCUGCAGCUCGUAGGAGGUCAGUCCAGACUAUUAUUCUGAAAAUCCACAGGAAGGAGAGGUCACAGGUCAUGUGACCUUGGUCAUGACCAGGUGUCCGUAUGGUCAUGGAAAACCUGGAAAAAUCAAGGAAUUUGAAAAUCACCAAAAUGUUUUCUUCAA